AUGCCGCGUCUUGUGCGCCGCCAGCCGCUCGCGGAGCGCAUUCAGUCGUUCCUCAACCCUUGGGAUUUUUUGCUCUGGGUUUCGGAGUCUAUUGAGGGAUUUGACUGGGACCAGGUCGAGAAAGACUGGGGACUUUCCAUUGGCAUCAUUUUGAAUUUGGUGUUUCUCAUUGCGCGAGCAAACAGUGGUUCAAGUGGGAGCGAAGCCAUUGACGAUGUCUUUGGGGACAAUGAUGGCAUGCCCUGGCUGAGUUGGUUUGGGUCCGCUGUUGUUCACGUGCUCGUCAUGAUUUCCCUCGCAAAUGCAGUCUACACAUUUCAGCGCAAGCGAUAUUAUCGAUUUUUCGAAGCGCCCAUCGAUACAGCACCUGCAAGCUCUUCUGCUUCGCGCGUCCGAGUUGACUCAAGCCCGAUGAUUGCGUCGCCAAUACGUUACCUCGCCAAUGCAAUUUCUUCGGAAUCAGCGGAAUCGCGUGCGCAUCCUGAUGCGCAUCGAGAUGUCUGGGAGCUGGCGAUGUGGGACCCUUUGCCGAUCUCUGUUCGAUUACUCUGCCUUUUCAGCCCCGGGCACGUUUUGGUCUACUAUCUAUUCCUACCCACUCAGAUCUCCGAUCCUCGACCCAGUGUGACUGUCGCAACAACAAUCCUUUUGACUACCCUUCUUUCCGUCCAAAUGUCAUUCAUAUCGAGCUUCUACAAACAACAGGCGAAGGAUUCAUUGUUGGUGCACAGAGAGGUCAUGAAAGAGUAUGACACCAAAUAUGUGCAUCCUCGGACGCAACCAUUGAUGAGAGACGUUGGCACGCAGUUUGCCGAGAAAAGUGAUCUUGUCCCUGCAGCAGGCAGCCCGAACAAGGUCGAAACAUACACCCCAACCUUCAUCAUUAACCGCGGGUUCAAAACCAGCCCCAAUCCCAAUUAUCUUAGCCAUGUCGACCCAGAGGGUCUGUCACCACGACGUCCUAAGACAUCUACACCGACGGGGGCAUCCAUCUUCCAAACCCAGCCACCUAUGCAGACGCCGGUCAUCUCGCGUGACGGGUCUCCGCUAGUUCGAACAGUGAAAACGAACAUGAGACAGCCCCAGUUUCGGGGUGGAUCGACAACAUCUGGAGACGGGGGCAGCCUCGGAGUUUAUUCGCAUGCCAACUCUCUUUGCGGAAGUCUGCCUCUACGGCAUUUGAUCGUCGUCUUCAAAGUAACGGAGACUUUUUCUAUACAGAGAGGGGCGCCAGUCCAUUAA